GUAGACAGAAGCGUUAGUUUAUAGCACACACACAAACGCACGCGGUGUCAGCGAAUUGCAAAAUCAGCGUUUUCACGUGUGCUGUUGUUUUUUUUCCAACGAAUCUCACCAAAAUAAAGGGUUCCAAUAUGUCGGAUCUCGAUUGGGACGAUCCAAACUAUGUCGAGAAGCCGGCGGUGCAUCAGGAGUACUCCAAGCCGAAUAAUAAGUACGAAAGGAGUAUCCGGCGAGAUGGUAACUCACGUGCAUACAAAGGAGAUCGAAAUGACUACGGCGGAGAAGGACGAGGCUAUCGCGCUAAACGCAAUGAUUAUGGCGGUGGACGUCGCGACAAUCGGGAUAAUUACGGAGCAGGGCAUCGUGAUAGUCGCGACAGUGCCGGGGGAGGAGGAGGAGACUUUAGCGAAUCCUUGAGCAUCGCUUCCGAGAUGGUCGGAAAAGUUAUUGGAAGAGGGGGCUCCAAUAUAUCCCGGAUCCAGAACGACUUCAAUGUCCGCGUCAAAUUGGACAAGUGCGACUUAAUAGUCAAGAUAACUGGUAGCAUCCAGAGCAACGUCAUCGAUGCUAUCAAUCACGUUCGCAAGCAGGUCACUAAUUCGGGUGAUAGGGGACAGGAUCGCGAUAAUAGGGACCACGGUUCCAAUGAAAGAUAUGACGGAGGCGGAUACGACAGAUACAAGGGGAAUAGCUACGAGUUCAAUCCCACUUCUUCUGAGUCCAAUAAGGACAAUGGGGAUCUUACGGGCAUCAUUGAUUGGGAAGCCCUGAAUAAAGCUUCGAUAGCAGCUACUGCGGCACGGUGGUCCAAGUGUCCACCGCUAACAAAGAACUUUUACAAGGAGGCUCCUGAAGUGGCCAAUCUGACAAAAUCGGAGAUUGAGCGCAUUCGCGAGGAGAACAACAAGAUAACAGUUUCUUAUGUUUUCGAGCCAAAGGAGGGGGAAACGUCACCGCCUAUUCCAAAUCCAGUUUGGACCUUCGAGCAAUGCUUUGCCGAAUAUCCAGAUAUGCUUGAGGAGAUUACCAAAAUGGGCUUCUCCAAGCCCUCGCCCAUCCAAUCGCAGGCGUGGCCCAUUCUCCUCCAAGGUCAUGACAUGAUCGGUAUCGCCCAAACAGGCACUGGCAAAACACUAGCCUUCCUUUUGCCCGGAAUGAUUCACACCGAGUACCAGAGCACGCCCAGGGGCACGAGGGGCGGAGCUAACGUUCUGGUGCUGGCACCCACUCGGGAGUUGGCUCUGCAAAUCGAAAUGGAGGUCAAGAAGUACUCCUUUCGUGGCAUGAAAGCGGUUUGCGUGUACGGCGGUGGCAAUCGCAACAUGCAGAUAUCCGACUUGGAGCGCGGUGCGGAGAUCAUUAUCUGCACUCCGGGACGCCUGAACGAUUUGAUAAUGGCCAAUGUCAUUGAUGUAAGCACCAUCACUUAUCUGGUGCUUGACGAGGCAGAUCGCAUGCUGGACAUGGGUUUCGAGCCGCAGAUCCGGAAGGUGAUGCUAGACAUACGUCCGGACCGUCAGACCAUAAUGACGUCGGCCACUUGGCCACCAGGAGUACGUCGUUUAGCGCAGAGCUAUAUGAAGAAUCCCAUCCAGGUGUGUGUCGGAUCGCUCGAUCUGGCAGCCACGCACUCGGUGAAACAAAUUAUUAAAUUGAUGGAGGAUGACAUGGACAAAUUCAACACCAUUACAUCUUUCGUUAAGAACAUGUCCAGUACGGACAAGAUCAUCAUAUUUUGUGGACGCAAGGUUCGUGCUGACGACCUAUCCAGUGAACUUACGCUGGAUGGUUUCAUGACCCAGUGCAUUCAUGGUAAUCGCGAUCAGAUGGAUCGUGAGCAGGCUAUUGCCGAUAUUAAGUCCGGCGUCGUGCGCAUUCUGGUUGCUACCGAUGUGGCAUCACGUGGCCUGGACAUUGAGGAUAUCACACAUGUCAUCAACUAUGAUUUUCCGCACAACAUCGAGGAGUAUGUGCACCGUGUUGGUCGCACCGGACGUGCUGGCCGACAGGGCACAUCAAUAAGCUUUUUUACGCGCGAGGAUUGGGCUAUGGCCAAGGAACUAAUUGAGAUACUGCAGGAGGCGGAGCAGGAAGUGCCCGACGAACUGCACAACAUGGCUAGACGCUUUAAAGCCAUGAAGGACAAGCGCGCUGCUGAAGGUGGCGGUUUUGGAGGAAGAGGUGGUCGUUUUGGAGGCGGACGUGGCGGCGGACGCCGAAAUUUCGAUCAAUUUCAAUACUGAUUCAUUCUACAUUUUCUAGUUAUAAGAGACUAGAGCGCAUUGAAGUGCCUUGCCAAAAAUUGUUUAACUAUUUAUCUAUUCCAAUUAUAGAUGAUCAUAACCCAAAACAUGCCGUGUUAAAAGAACACGCGAUUU